UGAAUAUUCAAAUGCAUAGAUUUCUACUUUUUUCAAUUCUUUUUCUUCUAAUUAUAUCAGAAGUUUUCUCUCAAACAAUCCCUCCAAGGGAGUCAGAAGUAAUUGAAAUGAGUGGAGAUGCAAAAAGUGUAGUUGAUUUGCUUCAACAAAUAUUAGAAGCCAGUCGGGCACAAAACAUUAAUCAGCAAUUUCGAGUCCGAACUGUCGACGGAAACAUUAUCUUGGAAUCUGUCGACUAUAAACCUGGAGCACUUGAACAUUUGAAUUCAUGAAUUGAUAAACUGUACAAUUUGUUUAUUAUUGAUGAACUGGCUCAAAAAUGAAAUUAAAA